GAAGCGUUGGGAGGGUCUGGUGCACAUCUCAGAGUUGCGUAAAGAAGGACGAAUAGCCAACAUAGCCGACGUGGUCUCCAGAGGUCAAAAGGUGAAGGUCAAAGUGCUGUCGUUCACCGGAACCAAAGCCAGCCUGAGCAUGAAGGAUGUGGACCAGGAGACCGGAGAGGACCUGAACCCGAACCGGAGAAGAAACGUGGACGUUGGAGUCGGAGACGAAGCCAUGAGGAACCCUGACCGCCCGAUUGAAGCCUGCAUGCUGGAAUUAGACGAAGACCCAUCAGAGCGCAAACGACUCGCCAAAAUCACCGACCUGGAAAAAUGGGAAAUUAAACAGAUGAUUGCAGCCAACGUUCUUCCGAAAGAAGAGUUCCCUGAGUUUGACGAGGAGACGGGAAUCCUUCCCAAAAUAGAUGAAGACGAAGACGAAGACAUAGAGAUCGAUCUGGUGGAAGACGAGCCGCCGUUCCUGAGGGGACAGACCAAAUGGAGCACCACCAUGAGCCCAGUGAAAAUAGUAAAGAAUCCAGACGGCUCUUUGUCCCAAGCGGCCAUGAUGCAGAGCGCUCUGUCUAAAGAGAGGAGAGAGCUGAAGCAGGCGGCCCGCGCAGCAGAGAUGGACUCCAUCCCGACCGGCCUCCACAAGAACUGGAUCGACCCGAUGCCUGACUAUGAAGGAAGGCAGAUUGCUGCCAACAUGAGAGGCAUCGGCGCCAUGCCCAUCGAUCUCCCAGAGUGGAAAAGAUACGCGUUCGGAGGGAACCAGGUGUCGUAUGGCAAGAAGACAGAGCUCUCCAUCCUGCAGCAGAGAGAGAGCCUGCCGAUUUUCAAGCUCAAAGAGCAGCUCGUUCAGGCUGUCCACGACAAUCAGAUCUUGAUUGUAGUUGGAGAAACUGGCUCCGGUAAGACCACGCAGAUCACUCAGUACCUGGCCGAGGCAGGUUACACCUCCCGGGGGAAGAUCGGCUGUACGCAGCCCCGUCGUGUCGCCGCCAUGUCGGUGGCCAAGAGAGUCUCUGAGGAGUACGGUUGUCGUCUGGGCCAAGAGGUGGGUUACACCAUUCGGUUUGAAGACUGCACCAGCACGGAGACGGUGAUCAAGUACAUGACCCACGGGAUGCUGCAGAGAGAGUGUCUGCUGGACCCAGACAUGAGUCAGUACUCCCUCAUCAUGCUCGAUGAGGCCCAUGAGAGGACAAUCCACACCGAUGUGCUGUUUGGCCUCCUCAAGAAGACGAUACAGAAACGCAAAGACAUGAAGCUGAUCGUGUCCUCAGCCACUCUGGAUUCUGUCAAGUUCUCCCAGUAUUUCUUUGAAGCUCCGAUCUUCACCAUCCCAGGGAGAACUUUCCCAGUGGAGGUUCUCUACACCAAAGAGCCGGAGACGGACUACCUGGACGCCGGCCUCAUCACAGUCAUGCAGAUCCAUCUGACUGAGCCUCCAGGCGACAUCCUGGUGUUUCUGACUGGACAGGAAGAGAUCGACACGGCCUGUGAGAUCCUGUACGAGAGGAUGAAGUCUCUCGGGCCUGAUGUUCCUGAACUGAUUAUUCUGCCAGUUUACUCGGCUCUGCCCAGUGAGAUGCAGACCAGGAUCUUUGACCCUGCACCCCCAGGCAGCAGAAAGGUCAUCAUUGCCACAAACAUCGCCGAGACGUCUCUCACUAUCGAUGGGAUCUACUACGUGGUGGACCCCGGCUUUGUUAAACAGAUCGUGUAUAAUUCCAAGACGGGCAUCGACCAGCUGGUGGUGACCCCCAUUUCACAGGCCCAGGCGAAGCAGAGGUCGGGUCGAGCCGGCAGAACAGGCCCGGGGAAAUGUUACCGACUCUACACAGAGAGAGCCUACAGAGACGAGAUGCUGACCACCAACGUGCCCGAAAUCCAGAGGACUAACUUAGCCAGCACCGUGCUCUCUCUGAAGGUAAUGUAACUCCAUCGGUCCUUUGUGAUUUGA